AUGGAGAUACUUCGAUCAAGUCAAAAAUGGACUUUGACCAUUCUUUUUUUAUUAGUAUUGAUUUUUAUCAUUACAAAUACGAGAGCUUCGCCAGUUUCUAAUCAUCUAAUAAUAGGAAAUGCAAUGCAAAAACGACAAGCUAAAGAACCAGCGAAUCCAAAAGAUAAUCCCAAGCAAGGUGACGCACCUAAACAAGAUACUCCGAAACAAGGAGACGCCCCUAAACAGGAUACUCCGAAGCAAGAUGAUACACCCAAGCAAGGUGAUACUCCGAAGCAAGAUGAUACACCCAAGCAAGGUGAUACUCCGAAGCAAGAUGAUACACCCAAGCAAGGUGACACCACUCCGAAGCAACCAAAGCAAGGUGACACUCCGAAGCAAGAUGAUACCCCCAAGCAAGGCGAUACCCCGAAGCAGGAUGAUACCCCCAAGCAAGGUGAUACCCCGAAGCAAGAUGAUACCCCCAAGCAAGGCGAUACCCCGAAGCAAGAUGAUACCCCGAAGCAAGAUGAUACCCCCAAGCAACCCAAUCAAGACGAUACACCCAAGCAGCCCAAGCAGGAUGAUACCCCGAAGCAAGUUGAAACUCCUAAGCAAGAUGACACUCCGAAACAAGAUGAUAACCCGAAACAAGAUGAGACUCCGAAACAAGUAGAAACACCCAAGCAAGUUGAAACACCGAAACAAGAUGAGACUCCGAAACAAGUAGAAACACCCAAGCAA